AUGUAUCUUUCAAGGUCAGAAAAUUUUCAUAGUGAUAUUCUACCUGACGUUGAGACCAAGCCUUCUAUGCUUCGAUGUGCCCCAUUGGCAACGACGGUGUCGAAGAGAAAUCCACUUUCGCUGUAUGCUCAGAGCAUCAGCGACCUCGUGAAGAAGGUGGAGAGUGCAAGUGCAAAGACGAAAGCUCCCACCAAGAUCUUCAAGUCAUUGAAGAAAACAUCCGGUUCGCCAUCAAUAUCUGUAGAAUUCUUGAGACCGGAGAAGAUUCCUGUACAUGAUACUAAAUCGCUAUCCUUCGAGAUUCGGAGGUCCAAGGUCGCGCUGCUCGUGGUGGAUACUGCUGUUGCAAAUGGCGAUCAAGACUUUGAAGGGUUCGUAAAGGAACAACAAACUGCCAAGGGCAAGUUUCCCGGCCCUGUGCCUCUAGUGUGGAGAGGUGCGAUUGAAACGAUAGAGGAUAUCGCAAAGGCGAAAGCUGCUGGUGCUGAUGGAGUUUCUUUUGCUGCUUCCUCUCUUGGUGAAGAGAAGACGGCCGUGAUGGUAAACGCUUGCCAUGUCCUGGGGAUGGAGCCUUUGGUAGAGGUCGGUGAUGCCAACGAGAUCAACUGGGCAGUGUCUGCGGGUGCCAAGUGUCUGUGCGUUCGCUUCAGCUCCUCGGCCAUCUCUAGUUUUCUUGUGUCGGCUGCAAAAUCUCUGCAGAAUGAUCUACCCGAUGAUUGCGCUGUCAUCGCGACCGUGCAAGGAAGACAAGGAGGUGCAGAAAUAGAGCAGGCGAAGUCUCUUCUCGAUGCCAACUACAAUGGAGUUUUGUUCUCACGCAUGCUGGAAGACGCCACAGACCGUUUCUCGGAGCCAUACCUCAAGUACAUCAUGGCUGUGAUGCAGAGCAAGAAAUCUCAAAACCUGCAGAUCAACGAGAUCAAGGUGGGGUAUGAACCUUGA